CCCGCGCUGACGUCACCAGCCUGCCUGGCCAUGGCAGGAACUCUUUUCUGAAGCAGCAGCAGCAGCAGCGAGAGCGCCUCACUGCUUACCGCUAACGAGGACCGGAAUACGAGCAAGGGUCAGAGCGAGAGAGAGAGAGAGAGAGAGAGAGAGAGGGUGGAGAGGGAGAGAGAGAGGGUGGAGAGGGAGAGAGAGGGUGGGCGAAACGAAUGAGUCUUCGCCACGGCAGCUGUGAAAGUCGCCGAAAUUCGGCCGCGUCCUCUUCCUAAACGCGUGAAAGCGAGGCUCGGAGCGAGAAUGGACCUACCUGCCGUCGGAGAGCACGUCUUCGCGGUGGAGAGCAUCGAGAAGAAGCGCGUACGGAAGGGCAGGAUCGAGUAUCUGGUGAAGUGGAGAGGGUGGUCCCCGAAAUAUAACACAUGGGAACCGGAGGAGAACAUCCUCGACCCUCGUCUUCUCGUCGCUUUCCAAAACAGAGAGAGACAGGAGCAGCAGAUGGGAUAUCGCAAACGGGGACCUAAACCCAAGCACCUGCUCAUUCAGCUGCCUGCAUUUGCGCGAAGGUCCAGCAUCCUUGCCGGUCUUCAGGAGACGUCACUGGAUGAUGAAAACCAGCUCAAAAUGGAUUCACUUCAAAUGCACAGGUCCCAGCCUCAGCAAUACCAGCUCAACAGCAAAAAGCACCACCAGUACCAGCCCAACAGCAAGGAGAUACCAGCAGAACCACACAUCAACGGCAAGAAGAAACAUUUCUACCAGCUUAACAGCAAAAAGCAUCACCACUAUCAGCCAGACCCCAAGAUGUAUGACCAGCAACCCACAAAGCCUAAAGAGGUUAAAGGACAUGACCCCUCUAUUAAAGGAUGGGCCCUCCCUCCAGCCUUGCAACAGAAAUGGGCACGUGACAAGGACACUGGCUGCCUAAAUAAAGUAAAAGAUCUGGCUCUGGAGCAUAAACAGGUGCCAGUUACUGCUAACAAAGAAGAACAGACACUGAAGAUCAGUUCAAAGGAGGCUGCAGUUUCCAGCGGCAUUAGCAGUAAGAUGAAGAUAAUCAGGAAUAAAAACAAAAAUGGCCGAAUUGUCAUUGUCAUGAGCAAGUACAUGGACAAUGGGGUCCAAGCAUCCAAAGUGAAAAAUUUAGACUCUUCUGGAAUGGAGAGGCCGCACCAAACUGAGGAGUCUAUAAAUGGCAGUGCAGGCAAUGUUCUAACAGUGACGUCAGGCCAGGAGAAUGGUGUGAGCAGUACCUCUGCUAACAGUUCAUAUGUUCACAAAGUGCCUCACAAUAGAUUUGAGCUCUCAAAGGCAAAAACUAACACAGAGGUGGAGCAAAAAACAGAACAAAAGACGGAUACGAUUGAUUUAUGCAGCGAUGAACCUCUGCAACUGACCAGCAAACCCAGCUCUUCACCCAAAUCAAUUGUGACAAAUGCUCCAUCUCAGAAAGACUCAACAAGUUACCAGCCCAAUCAUCGCAAACGCAAUCUGUCAGAACCUAAUGAGGGUGGUAGUGAUUGUAAGAAGUUGCUCAGUUCCAGGAGUAUUAGUGCUCCCAGUGCUGUAUUCUCGUCCCCUCAGAGGGAACCUAUAGAUCUCCAUUUCUCUGGCAAAAGCACCAGGAGGACCUAUAGUUAUGACUUUACUGAUGCUAUUCCUGAAGAACCCAUUGACUUGAGCUGUGGAAAGACUAGACUACAAGCAGAACCUCCUGCAAACCCCCACAGUACAGUGGAGGACACCCCUGAGACUUCAGAGAAAUCGGAAGAACCAAUCUCCUACUUUAAGCCAUUUGCGGGGAACAUCAUCAUUACAGAUGUCACCACAAAUUGUCUGACUGUGACCUUUAAGGAAUAUGUCUCAAUUUAACGGCUGUUGCUGCAUUGCUGAUACUUCUGGAUAUGUAGAUAUGUAAUUAUACUGAGAAUUGUGUACAUAUGUACUAUAAUUUUUCAUGUAUAGAAAUGAAACAAAUAUUUUUUCUUUACAGUGUAGUUUUUACUUUCAUUUGGAAUAUCUGAAGGCCUGUAAAUGCUCAGUGUAAAAAGUUUUGGAAGUUUAAGGACAUAUACAGCAUCUAUUCGGGGUAAAUUAAUAGAAGAGUUGAGCUUAAAGGUUUGUUAAAGCAUCACUGACAAAGCACUUACUUUGUACCCAGACCUUGCACACUAAAUGGAAAUGACAAGAUAUUUGUACUUUGAUGUUACAAACUUUGACCAUCCCUGAUAAUCUGUUCCUGUUUUGCUUCCCUCAGUGCAAAAGCAUAGUUUACAAUUACACCUUUCAUGCAAAUAUGUGUGUGUCAUUUAAAGCAGGUCAGUCUGGGCUUUUAAAGUCAUGUGGCCUUCAGGGUGUUUUAAGAUUAUGUUCGUAUUCCGACGCCAAUGCCACACAUUGCCAUUACUGAAGAGUAGUUGAUUCCAUUAUCAGAAAUAUGAUAUAGCACAAAUCUGCUGGAUGUGUUAGCCUCCAAGGUCUUUGUUGUGCAAUGUUGAAGUAGCCUCAGUUAUGCUCACCUGAGUUUGGUCGAUUGGUUAUAUUUACCUAUCUGUUUAAUGUGUAAGCUGCACUUUGUUGUCAUUUAAAAUGCUUUGUCAUCGAAAGUGAACAAUGCUGGCUUUACACUGAUCAACAGGAUGAAUUUUCUCUUUCAUACUAUUGUGGUGAAUUUCAUGCUAACUACCUUGUUAUAUACCAUCACAUGUUGCUGGAGUUUCCUGGCGUAUUCAUCGUGACAUUCAAAUGAACAGAAUAACUGGAACUUUUUUGAGUCUUGAUGUUUCUUCAUAUUUAAAUGUUUAGACUGCUUGUCAUCCUAGCUUUUUUAAACCAGUUGCUGACUGGGGGGCAUGACAUGCUAAUAGCAAGGUAUGACCAAUCAAUAUAUUUUAGACAAUGUAUAAUCCUGUAGCACAGGCUAUUGUAAAACUGCUGCUAAAGUUUUUUACUUAGUUGUAACUUUUUCAUGAGAAAAUGCUGAAUUUAAUGUAGUCUACAUUAGAGUCUAAAUUUGCCUUAAUUGAAAACAAGAUACAGAGUACACAGUGGCGAUAUAUGGAACCAAAUAUUUACAAAGCUUAUCGUGAUCUUAAUAUUAAGCUUAAUAUCCUAGUCAGAGAUUCCGUGUAGCAGGAUUUUUGAAUGGAACUGACUGUGACCAUGAUGCGGACAGUGCAGUAUCUGUCCACAGGUUUGGCAGAAUUGGCAAAUCCCUGUUUAUGUACGCAUGGGUGACAGAUUUGGAAUGCCUAUUCCUCAUAGAUAGAUUGCUGAAAGCACAACUGAAUAAUACUGUUCUUCUGUCAAAAUAUGUUUUAAAAACAAAAAUGGAAGCUUAACGUAUCCAUGCAAAAGCCUUCAUUAACCAUCGAUGGUUUUACAAAAAGUAAAAGCUAUUGGGUAAAUCCAGAGUGCAGUGGUUGAUUCAGUUAAUUCACACAGCAGUCUAGAUCUGUUCAUCUUGAUAUCUUGUGCCUGGGAUAAAGAGAUAAAAGUAGAGUGAGCCGACUACUCACUGCAUGUAAGCUAACAAAACUGUUGUUCAUUUCAGAAAUGACCUCAAAUGCACCCAAAACUUGGAAUUAUUGAAAAACAAACUCUUUAUAAGGGUGUAGAAAUAAAGGACUAAGUUUCAGAA